GGCCAUCUUUGGGUGUCCUCAGCAGCCGCUGGUAACACCCAUCAGUAAAUGUAUUUUACAUCAAUUUAAAAGGCCAAAUAAAAACAUAGAUGCUUCCUGGUAUUAAUACGGUGAAAAUAGACGGGGUUAAUUCUCGAAAGUAGAAGAUUGCAUCUCAAAAGGGUUUGUUUUAUUUUUGGAUACUACAUUUAGUGAAUUAAGUUGCAAAGAAAAACGAGACUGGAACCAACAUGGAUGAGGAAUAUGAUGUGAUCGUUCUAGGAACUGGACUUACGGAGUGCAUCCUCUCUGGGAUCAUGUCUGUGAAUGGGAAGAAGGUGCUGCACAUGGACAGGAACCCGUACUACGGGGGAGAGAGCUCCUCCAUCACUCCUUUGGAGGAGCUAUACAAACGCUUUGACCUACCAGACAGCCCGCCAGAGUCUAUGGGGAGAGGAAGGGACUGGAACGUGGAUCUGAUCCCUAAAUUUCUUAUGGCAAAUGGCCAGCUUGUCAAGAUGCUGCUCUACACAGAAGUGACCCGAUAUCUGGAUUUCAAAGUGGUGGAAGGGAGUUUUGUGUAUAAGGGGGGGAAGAUCUAUAAAGUCCCCUCAACUGAAGCGGAGGCACUCGCUUCAAACCUUAUGGGAAUGUUUGAGAAGAGAAGGUUCCGAAAGUUCCUGGUCUUUGUGGCCAACUUCGAUGAGAAUGACCCCAAAACCUUUGAAGGGGUUGAUCCCAAAAGCACCACAAUGGGGGAGGUCUACAAAAAGUUUGACCUAGGCCAGGAUGUGAUGGACUUCACAGGACACGCCCUGGCUCUCUAUAGGACUGACGAUUACCUUGAGCAGCCCUGCCUGGAGACCAUAAAUCGUAUCAAAUUGUACAGUGAGUCUCUGGCUCGUUAUGGGAAGAGUCCCUAUCUCUACCCACUCUACGGGCUGGGAGAACUCCCACAGGGCUUUGCCAGGUUAAGUGCAAUCUAUGGAGGGACCUACAUGCUGAACAAACCUGUGGAGGAGAUUGUGAUGGAGGGCGGGCGCGUGGUGGGGGUCAAGUCCGAGGGAGAGGUGGCACGCUGCAAGCAGCUCAUCUGCGACCCCAGCUACAUCCCAGAGCGCGUCCGGAAGGUGGGCCAGGUGAUCCGUGUCAUCUGCAUCCUCAGCCAUCCCAUCGAGAACACCAACGACUCCAACUCCUGCCAGAUCAUCAUCCCCCAGAACCAGGUCAACCGCUCCUCAGAUAUCUACGUGUGCAUGAUGUCGUACGCCCAUAAUGUGGCGGCUCAGGGGAAGUACAUCGCCAUCGUCAGCACCACCGUGGAGACGGACGCCCCUGAGGCCGAGGUGGAGCCAGCGCUGGACCUGCUCAAGCCAAUUGACCAGAAAUUUGUGGCCAUCAGUGAUCUGUAUGAGCCUACUGAUGACGGGACCGAAAGCCAGAUCUUUGCCUCGGGGGCCUAUGACGCCACCACCCACUUUGAGACCACUUGCAACGACAUCAAGGACAUCUACAAGCGCAUGACAGGAACUGACUUUGACUUUGAGAAUAUGAAGCGUAAACAAAAUGAUGUGUUUGGCGAGGACGAGCAGUAAGACAGGAGGGCCUGGAGUGAGGGGGGGUGGUG